CACGGAGCCUGUCUCUGCCAUUAUCGAUAUCAUCUUACCGAAAGACUGGGAACCCUCGCGACAAUGCAGCCGCAACCUGUCAAGGCCACCAGGAAACGGGUCCCGAGAGCUUGCGACCUGUGCCGGUUCCGAAAAGUCCGGUGCAUCCUCGAAGCUCCGGCCAAACCCUGCGUCAACUGCAAACACAAUGGGAAGCAAUGCACAUUUAAUCGACGACAUGGAAUGGCGUCGCGCAAUCCACGAAAUGGCCCCCCAACUCCGAAAUCCAUCGCGAACCCGACCGGAAGCCCAAGCCUCGGAGAGCCCUCGGAACCUGAUCAAUUCCUGAUGGGAUGCACCUCCCCUCCAACGAACAAGCCUUCGGCGCAAUCCGACUUUACUCAGCCUGCCAAUCAACGCGAUCCAAUCACGGCCGCGAAUAACUCGGAUGUCUUCUCGAUAACCGUUGGUGUCGAUGCCAAUCAGUACUCUGCGGGGGUAGCCAGAAGACCCGGAACAACCUGUCACCCCGACUAUUCUUUCCUACAAGCUCCCGAUACCAAGAGCCUUCUGCCUCAAGACCUCGCCUUUCUCACUAGCCAGGGAUGCUUUAUCGUCCCUCAUAGAGCCGCUCUCGAUGAGUUCAUGCAGCAGUACUUUCUGCAUGUUCAUCCCAUGCUGCCGAUCUUGAAUGAGAAGGACCACUGGCAAGCAUAUAAUUCACAAGACUCACAAGGCCAGGGUCGCAUGUCCAUCCUGGUAUUGCAGGGACUCCUGUUUGUUUCGUCCGGGUUCAUGUCAUUGGAGACCAUCAAGUCCUUGGGGUUCCGCACCGUCCAUCAAGCAAAGCUUGCAUUCUACCGACGAGCUAAACUUCUUUACGACUUCAAUUGCGAAAAGUCGUCCAUCUCUAUCGCCCAAGCUGCAUUGCUUCUGGCGCAAACCCACUUGAUACCACACUGCCUCGCUGGUAACAAACCGUUGGGUUCAAUAUGGCUCGGAGUUGCCAUUGCCUACGCUCGUGAUGCCAAAGCCCAUUGCUACUUCUCAUUAAAGACCAAGAGCCUUGCCGAGCUCCCCAAGUUUCAGAAACUACACAACACCCUCAAACGACUCUGGUGGUGUUGUAUCAUCUGCGAUAGACUAUUGCCACUCACUUCGCGUCAAAAUAUCAAGAUCACCAAGUCAAACUUCAGCUUCUCCGGUUGCCCGCCUCUCGGAAGUGCAGAUCUGGCUGACGAGUCAUACGGGUCUGAUGUGUACGAUCCAACCACCAAGCUCGUUCACGCCGAGAUACUUUCAAAGCUGGUCGACCUCUGCCUCAUUCUCACCGAUGUUCUCACUGUCACAUCCGUGUUUCAUAACAAUCCAUCUUGGAUCCUCUCUAGAAGGCUAGCAGGUUUGAACGAUGCGGGCCUUUGCCAGAUGGCACUUUCCCGGUGGUACAGUUCAUGGGCCGAUGUUAAAUCGACAAUCCUAGAACGAACGAACGAAAGCGAUUUCACAGGGUCUUCCACCUCAUCCAUAACCCUUUUUAUCAACCUGGUCGAGAUGUACUAUCAGUCGGCGCGACUUUCUCUCUGCCACUAUGAUAUACUCCGCUGCAGGAUUAUUUCUACACCCGAAUCCCAUAACAAGUUAAUUACGCAAAGAGAAGAACUCCAGGGCGCAGCAGCAAGCGUAACGGACUGUCUUCUAGAACUGGGUCGACUAGGACUAACACGAUGGCUACCCAUGACUGCUAUCGGAUGCACUGCAUUCCCGCUAGCCCUACACAUGAUCGACGUUGAGCUUCUUGGGCCAGGGCAUGAUAAUACUCACUCGCAGACGGCUGUGCAAGUUCUUGAUAGGAAGCAGCAACAGGUCAAGGUCCUCCUCGAAACAAUGAGCAGCUACAGGCAACGCUACUACAUUGCAGAUUGGGUCAUGAGCACCAUAUGCCACGUGGUCAAACUUGCCAGUCAGCAGUUCCCAGGACUGUCGUCAAGUGAGGGUGUCACGAACUCCUCUCGUGCAUACUGGGCAGAUAUACUGCUCACUCAGCCCAGCUAUUACCUGCGACUUGCCAUGACAGUUGACCUCAGCAUCAGCCAUGGAAAGCUUCCAGAUGAUUCCGAUUUCCCCCCCUCUUUGCGGCAAUCCUCACACGUGGACAAGCCCUUGAAUCUUCACCCAGACGCCGUGCCGAACUUCAUGCCAACGACAGAUGUUGACGAGCGAGUGGUGGACCUCUCAGAAAUGGAAGGAAUGGAGACGACUGGAAACAUUGGCGACCCUAUCGAGGAAAACUCGGCCAAGGACGCAACUGUCCCACAACCACAGAUUCCAACAGAUCUCACGGAUAUUCCCGUCAGCGCGCCCAACGAGAAUGGGAUGACAUCUGACGAUUUCACUGCCGCACUUGAUCUUGAAAUGCCCGAGAUUCCUUUAAUGUCUCUCGAUGACCUGCACAUCGUGGUUUCAGGCUCCGCAGACAACUCUUGGCCAUAUAAACUCCUCGGCUCGUCGUCAGGUGGCUCUACGGCGUGGGAUUGCUUUGCAUGGACGGGAAACAGCAUGGGUGGGUCAGAAGUGCAAGAGGGUUUUCUCGGGGAGCUUGAUACAUAUCUUGGCGCGGAUGAUUAUAGAGAAGGGAAUUUAUCUGCUGGUCUAGCUAUCUGA